AUGGCCUAUGACUGGUUUAUGGCCAUCUGCCACCCACUGAAUUACUCAGUUAUCAUGAACCCUCGCCUCUGUGGAUUCUUAGUUUUGAUGUCCUUUUUGAUCAGCCUUUUUGAUUCUCAGCUGCAUAACUUGAUUGUCUUAAACUUUAGGUACUUCAAGGAUGUGGAAAUUGCUAAUUUCUUCUGUGACCCUUCUCAACUACUUAAUCUUGCCUGUUCCGAUACUUUAACAAAUAACAUCGUCAUGUAUUUUGUUGUUACUCUGUCUGGCUUUCUUCCCAUCUCCGGGAUUCUUUUUUCUUACUAUAAAAUUGUUUCCUCCAUUCUGAGGAUCCCUUCCUCAGGGGGGAGGUACAAAACCUUCUCCACCUGUGGGUCUCACCUGGCAGUUGUUUGCUUAUUUUAUGGGACAGGUCUUGCAGUGUAUCUUGGUUCCACUGUAUCACUUUCUCCCAGAACAAGUGCAGUGUUCUCUGUAAUGUACAUAGUGGUCAGCCCUAUGCUGAACCCCUUCAUCUACAGCCUGAAGAACCGGGACAUUAAAACUGCCCUGAGAAGGAUGCACAGCAAUGCAUACAAUCCCAGAGCCCUGAGGCAUCUGUUUUCAAGGGAGGCUAGAUUUGGCAGCAAAACUAAACCUGUAGACCUGUAA